GUUUGUUGACAUCCAGUGUUUGCAUAGAAAACGCAUUGAAGUCGUUGCAGACAUUCAGCGAUCACUUGCCGAAGACUUGUCCGCUUAUCGAGAGACCAAAUCGGGUGACAAUGAGUUUCUUCGGCGCCACGAGUGGUGUGAAUCAACCCAUGUUUGGGUCGACGACAACGAGUUCAAUGUUUUCGUCCAAUUCAUCGCUCAAUCCAUUGCUAACACAACAACAACACAACCCAAUGAAGGACUUGGAGGUGAUGUCCCCUCCGGACGACUCCAUCAGUUGCCUGGCCUUCAGUCCGCCAUCACUGCCGCAGAACUAUCUGAUGAGCGGUUCGUGGGAUAAUCAGAUCAGGUGUUGGGAAAUCAGUGGUAACUCGCAGACCAACAACUGGUCGACGGUUCCCAAAGCACAGCAGACGCACAGCGGACCUGUUCUCGACCUCGCCUUCAGUGAUGACGGCACAAAAGUAUUCUCGUCUUCAUGUGAUAAGACGGUGAAGAUGUGGGAUCUGAACAGCAAUCAGUCCAUACAAGUGGCACAACACGACUCGCCCGUCAAAACCGUUCACUUCAUUAAAGCCCAGAACUAUACCUGUAUUAUGACUGGCAGUUGGGAUAAGACACUCAAAUUGUGGGACAUGCGUCAGCCAACGCCCGUACAGACGGUGCAACUGCCGGAGCGGUGCUACUGCGCCGACGUGUACUACCCGAUGGCAGUGGUGGGCACCGCCAACAAAGGCAUAAUUGUGUACAACCUGGAGAACGGUCUGCAGCAGUACAAGAGCCUGGACUCCCCUCUCAAGUACCAACACCGCUGUGUCUCCAUCUUCGUCGACAAGGAGAAGCCGCAGCCGCCGCCCAUUGGCUUCGCGUUGGGCAGCGUCGAGGGCCGGGUAGCCAUUCAGUACGUGAACCCCAUUAACCCGAAGGACAACUUCACGUUCAAAUGUCAUCGCUCUAACGGCACGAACAACGGCUUCCAAGACAUCUUCGCCGUCAACGACAUCUGCUUCCAUCCACAUCACGGAACGCUCGCCACUGUGGGCUCGGACGGCAGGUUCAGCUACUGGGACAAAGACGCCCGCACUAAGCUUAAGACGUCCGAACAGUUGGAACAGCCCAUCACCAAAGGCUGCUUCAGCUCCCGGGGCGAGCUGUUCGCCUACGCUGUCAGUUAUGACUGGUCUAAAGGGCACGAGUACUACAACCCGCAGAAAAAGAACUAUAUAUUCCUCCACCCGUGCUAUGAAGACCUCAGACCACGAACUAAACCAAAGUAAUGGUCACUAAUGAUGGUGUUGUCUCUGCCGUACGUCUCAUGUAAUCCAUUUUCAUGUAAUUAUUAGGAUUGUCUCACUUGUAUUGAAACACUAAAUGUUUUCCUCUUUUUAAUUAAAUAAAAAUUUAAUUAUUAUUUAAAUGUAAUUGAAAUUUGACUAUAUUUUGCGUAUUUAUUGCAAUCGUUUUGAUGUAGUGAAUAGAA